AUGGACGAUUAAUAAACAGAGAUUAGGAUGAUGUACAAGAAUUUAACUACAGAUCUACGAAAUAAAUACAGUCCUCAUUACAACCUUUAUUAAAAAUAAACUUUGGAUGAGAAAAUCAAUUGUUUCAAAUAAAAUUCAUAAUAGCCUGAUUUGUAUUAUAAAUGUUUUGCUGCCAUUGAUGAGAGAAUGUAAUCGAACUCAGUCCAAUUGCAAUAGUCAUUCAACAAGAUUGAAAUUGAAGAUCAAGGAUGCUAAUAAAAAUGCAAAGACUCCUACCAAUAGGAUAACCUCAAACAAAACAUGUGCUUAAAGAAAUGCAUGGAAGAUUUAAGAGAAAAAGCCUUCAAAUUAUAGGACACCUUCUAUCAGGCAAUCUUAAAGAAUAAUGCUGAAUUUAAGAAGAUCAAGUGA